AUGGAGGCGGCCGAGGCCACGGCGAAGGCGCUGCGGGCACCCAAGUGCUCCCGCUGCCGCAACCACGGCUUCGUGGUGCCCGUCAAGGGCCACGCCGGGCACUGCCGCUGGAAGUUGUGCCUGUGCGAGAAGUGCUCGCUCAUCACCGAGCGGCAGAAGAUCAUGGCAGCCCAGAAGGCGCUGAGGCAGCAGGAGACGGAGCCGCCGGCCCGGGCGGGCGCGGAGCCCGUCCCGUCGGGCGAGGGCCCUGGGGCGGCAGCCCGGGAGGACGGAGCCCCCGAGCUCGGCAGCCACGAGAGGAAGAAGGGCAGCCAGGCCGACGGCGGCAAGAGCAUUGCAGGCUGGGGGCCACCGCCGCCUCCCUUCAGGGACGACGCUCACCCUGCUUUUCCUCCAGAAUACACUAUCAACCCAGAAUACCUGGAGAGAGAAAUCCCCAAAGUGUACCCUGGGUGUUCUGGGGUGUAUCCUUACCACCCAUUUUCCCUGGGAUUUGCCAUCAAUGAGUCAGGCAGUGGGGAAGCACCAUCACCUCCAGGGCUAUCACUUCAGAGAGGAUUCCGACACAUUCCUAGCAGCUAUGUGCCAGGGAAUGCAGCCACUGUAUCGGUUCCAGAUGGAGCUGGAGAUUUCCCUCAAGGAUACUACACUCCUCUGCAUCAGUUCAUCCCAUCAAGUUUUCUGACAGGGAUUCAUUACAUCCCAGCUCCGGUUUCACUGAACAUCCUGGCUGAAACAACCAAGGAAGUACAUGCUACUGAAACUGACAGUGAGGAUUCAGUAGUGGUUCAUGAACAUGGCCAAACUCCUUCUUCCCCAGAAUAA